UAUAUUUCUGCGAGUCCCUUCAUACACUAUUUUCCGAUUUCUUCUUCAGGCCGUAUCUUGGACAUUCCCUGUAAGGUUUGCGGGGACCGGAGCUCGGGGAAACAUUAUGGGGUUUACACGUGUGACGGGUGCAGUGGCUUCUUCAAGAGAAGUAUACGGCACAACAGGAACUACACCUGUAAGUCCCCCAGCAGCGCCCCGUGUCCUGUAGACAAGUCCCGCCGGAACCAGUGCCGAGCCUGCCGGCUGCAGAGGUGCUUCCAAGUCAACAUGAACAAGGACGCCGUCCAGCACGAGCGAGGUCCCAGGAACUCCACCAUCAGGAAACAGUUGGCGCAGUACAUGAAGGACACCUCGCGGUGUGAGUCGGCACAGCAGGCGUGUCCCACGUUCCUGGGAUCUCCGGCUUACCUGCCGUACCGAGCGCUGGUGCCGGUCACUCUGACGGACGGAUGUGCCGCGGACUUUAAACACUCUACAAUCUUCCAGCCCGUACCAAGGUACCCAGUAGAGGUGCUCCAGAGAUGGACCUGUAAGGCAGAACCAGUACAGGAGGCUGCAGCAAGACUCCUCAACAUGACUCUGCACUGGCUCAGGAGCAUCCCAGCAUUCCUCACGCUCUCCAGUCAUGACCAGCACCUCCUGUUACAGUCCAGUUGGCAGGAGAUGUUCCUGUUGGGGCUGGCUCAGUGGGCACUGCCGAUGGACCCCAAACAACUGGCUGUGGAGGCAGGUGUCCCCCCUGAUCAGAGCCCUGCAGACAGACUGCAGACAUUCCUACAGCAGGUGCAGAUGCUGCAGGAAACCCUGCACAAGUUUCACCAGCUGCAGGUGGAUGCCGUGGAGUAUGCCUGUCUGAAGGGGAUUGUGCUGUUCAAGACUGAUGUGCAGUCCCUGAGAGAUCCUGGUACAGUGGCCGUCCUACAGGACCAGACCCAGCUCAGCUUCAGUCAUCACAUCGAGAUGCACAAACCUGGACAACCUUUCCGCUUCGGCAAACUACUUCUCCUUCUGUCCAGCUUACGAGAGGUCCAGCGCUCCAGUCUGGAGAGUGUGUUCUUCACAAAGGCAAUGACAGGAGGUGUUUCCAUGGACCAGUUGGUUCUGGACAUGUACAAAUCCCUGCAGACGGACGUCGUGUUGUCUGACAGCUACAGAUGUUACACUGGGCCCUCCACUUCAUCUGGGGCAGCCCUACAUGGCGUCAGCUGAGCUAAAUCAUUCUUUUAUAAUGCCAAUUCACGACUGGCAGAUUAUAGUUAAUACUAUAGAUUAUAACUUGAAAGUUCAUCUGUGUUGGUAGAAGUCAUUCUUGAAAUAGUUGAACUGUA